AUGACAUGGCGUCCCAGUUUUCCAAAAAGAACUUCAAAUUUUGAUUCGUCUCAUGUAUUUACUGUAGAUAUAAAGAUUUGACAUUUAUUGUGAUAAUUAUCGAUAUCAAAUGAUGUGAACAGUUUUUUUGUGAUCAAUUUUUUAGGCCAUAUCACCCGGCCCUACUCACAAUGGCAUUGAAUCAUUUCAUUACGUCUGAUUGGAAUCUAGUGCUGGUUUGUUUGAUCAUUUUGUUUAAUAUCCCAUCAGGUCCAGAUGGUUUAAUCUAGUCUUGACGUCUGUCAUAAUGAAUAAAACAGUGAAUAAAAUAAGAGCUAGAGGAGGCAGUGAAUAAAGCCAGUCUCAUGUGUGAUUGGAUGCUGUUUGAUGGGUGGAGCGAUAGAGGGAGAAAGAGAAAGAGAUGUGACAGAGAUCCAGACUGACACAAACUCCUCAGAAAUGGACUUGGACGCUGUGUUCAUCACGCUUCUGCUCUCAGCCGUCUUCAGCUCGUCGGCUCGCCGUCAGUAUGUGUUCGUGCAGAGGUCCGUGAACUGCACCAAAGCUCAGCUAUACUGCCGUCAGAACUACAUCGAUCUGGCGACCGUCAGCAACAGCGCAGACGUGACCGAGCUGCUGAGGGUCACGAGUGGAAGUAGUGAUUGGGGCUUCUGGAUCGGGCUGAUGAAGAGCCCCAGCAGUGAAUGGAGGUGGUCUCUGGGCGAUCCCGCCUUCUACACCAAACGUGAUUCACUGUAUCGCAACUGGGCGCCGAAUCAGACCAUCAGCAGCCUGAACUGUGCUUACAUGAACCAGGACGGACUGUGGCGUAUCGAUGACUGCACGACACAACGGGUUUUCAUCUGCUACAACGACUCUAGUAAAGGGUUCAUCCCUGUGCUGCAGACGAUGAGCUGGAGAUCCGCUCAGAGCUUCUGCAGAGCGAUUCACGCAGAUCUGACCAGUGUGAGGAACCAGAACGAGAAUCAGCUGAUUCAGCAGGUCAUGAACACCAACGGAGUGAAUUCAGCCUGGAUCGGUCUGUUCAGAGACCCAUGGGAAUGGUCCGAUAAGAGUCCCUCAUCGUUUAGAAACUGGGUGCCCAGUGAACCCAACGGACUCCUUGAAGACGCCACAGUGAUGAUGAACAGUGGGCAGAGAAGGGGACAGUGGGAGGACUGGCCUUGUAAUUCAUCUUUUCCAUUCGUCUGUGAGUAUGACGAUCAGUUCACCCUCAUCAAGCAGAACUUGAGCUGGGCUGAAGCCAUGAGAUACUGCAGACAGCAUCAUGUGGAUCUGGUGUCGGUUCUCAGCGAGCAGAUCGAGCAGCGCGUGAUGAACGUGGCCAGAAACGCCUUGACGCCGGCCGUGUGGCUGGGUUUGCAUCACUUCUGCGCCAUGAACAUGUGGCUGUGGCUUCUCGGCGAUGUGGUGUGUUAUCAGAACUGGGCGACGGGCGAUGGCAAUGGUCCAAAAGACUGCAGCCGCGAGCGGAGAGUCGGAGCCAUGCAGACGGCGGGAGAUCAGAGCUGGAUCAGCCUUCCUCCAACACGCGAGCUCAACUUCAUCUGCUACAACUAUGAGGACUGAGUGCCUACUUUAACCUGUAAAGCCUUCUGAAAUAAACCUAAUGUUUUGAAACAGGACAGUUUAUUGAACAUUUUAGACAAAAUCUUUAAAAAAAUAUCACUAGCAACAUCAAAGUUAUUCUUAUGUUUACUUGAUAAAAACAGUAAAGAUUUCACAGCAAAAAGAUGUGUGAACCAUGAGCUCAAGGUGGAUGUUUUUAUUCACUAAAAUUACAAUAUAGAAAUAUCAGGGUCUGUGUGUGGGGAUCAUCAAUGUUUUGUUCUUUAUUUACAUGUCUUUGUAGUUCAGUGUGACAGAAACUUUUCAUUCUCUCAGGUUUUCAAUGUUUUAUUGGUGAUAUUUAGUGUGUAAUCUGUGUGCUGAGACUCUUUAAACAGCUUUGUGAGAUGUUUGUGAUGUGUACAUCUAUAAUAAAAGGAUACACUCUG